AUGAGCGUUUUGCGACCGCGACCAGUCAUCACUUGGCAGAAAGCUCAGAAAAUUUGGCGCAGCUGGGAAAUUUGGCAGCAGCCUGAUAGUAUCGUUCACCGGCUGCCCGAAUUUUACAAGCGCCAUUACUGGGACACGGUUCUUCGAGAUCCGGAGCCUGUUCACUACAGGCGACCGGAAAAACGGUACACCUUUGACCCUAAGCGAAAGAUUCGGAUUGAACACGAAGAUAACCCAAUAGUACCUAUUUAUCCUCCAGAAGCCGACUAUGGUCUAUGGGGUGGUGAAGGCGUACUGAAGGGUUAUCGACUGGGCGGACUGCCCCCUAGGCCAAAGCGUUUUCUUCCUCGUCGUUGGGUGCCUCAUUUGUGGUUUCCUAGCCUCCGAAAGGAGCUAUUGUACAGCGAAAUUUUGGAUCGAUAUAUGCUAAUCAUGGUCACUAUGCGAACACUUAGACUUAUCGACGAGAACCAGGGUUUUGACUACUACAUACUACGAACUCACGUUGUUGAUCUGCACUCAAAACUGGGCUGCAAGUUAAAGCGUGAAAUGUUGCUUUGUUUGGCCCGUAAAGAUUUCAGCUCCCCGGAACGAUGUCAGGAAAUGUUAGAGAAGUACAGCGAAUUCGUAAUUCCGGAGAAAGAAGCCGAGUGGAUCAGUCUCGACCUAAACGAGGCAUGUCGAAAGUUGCAGGACGAGGAAGAAGAGCGAUACAAACCGAUCCCUUUGAAGGAAAUAUACGAAAAAGAACUGGUUGAGUCUCUACGGUCGUCUCGUAGCACCGAGGGCGGAAUUGGAGCCAGUCUGAAACGGUUUGUAACGGGAAAAUAG